UGACGGACACGGCUCCAUCGCGUAUUGAAUCUUCUUUUUUUUUCCUGGGCCUCUGCUUUCUGCUUCCUGCUUCUGGAGUGGGCCGCGCGUCCUCGCCAGGGACAAGAAGAUUUGGGCGAAGAAUGCGAAACAGACAAGUGAGACGGAGUUUGAGGUGACAGAUGCCAGGCAAGUCGCAACCAGAUAACCAGGUGCCAGCAGGGCCAGUUCUUGAUUUCCUGCACCGACAAACGCGUAGGCGAAGGGCUAGCCACCCGUCCGAGUUAGACAGAGAUCGGGGCUUCGGGGCUUUUUUCGCUUUCCCUGAGAGCAUAAGACGUGGGUGGACGUCACAUCCACGCGGAUCUUGUCAGAGACCUUGGGGGAAUGGUGGAAUGGUGGUAUGGUGGCAUGGUGGAACCAGAGUCAACGGUUCGUGGUGCGAUUCUGCGGCAGUUGGGAACCCUAACCCGCGAGAUCCUGAGACGGCCAUGGCAUGAUGGGCAGAGGUGUUGCUGGAUGGCCUGGCCUGGGGCCAUGGAUUGUCAGGUCUUGAUCGAGUGGUGGUCUCUCACAGGCACAGAGGACGAGGGACUCCGUACAUGCUCCGUCAAAAGAAGAGGGAAAGCUAGUCUACGGAGCAGUCAGGUACAUUGCUACAUGGCAGAAAUUCUAUUUCCAUGAGACAGUGGCG